ACCCGCGGUUUGGGAACAGGGAAUAUAAGUGUUGUUGUUUUUUAAAGGCCCAUUGAGGUCCCAGCUGUGCAUGCGCUGUGGGUCACUAUAUCACUCUGCACAUGGUCAGGGGCACUUUCUUCUAGGGCUUCCACUUUUUCUUUUAAUGAUCAAGUUAUCAGAAAAGACCUUCCCUUCUUUCUGUACCGGAGACACACUGGCUCAGUCCAUACAAUCUUACAUAGGAACGUAGGUUCCUCUAGUGAUUCAUUUGAUGUUUGAUGAUGGGAGACAUCCUUGCUUAUGAAGCAGAGCUGCUUGGAAUGGUGAAGGAGUAUUUGGACUUUGCAGAAUUUGAAGAUACAGUGAAAACCUUUUCAAAGGAGUGCAAAAUAAAAGGGAAACCAUUACCUAAAACAGGAGGUAGUUCUGUAAAGGAUUCCAAGGCUCUGAUAAUCCAGGAUCUGCUAAUGGCCUUUACUGAUGGAGACCAAGAUGUCUUCUUUGAACUCUGGGAGGAGCAUGUUCCUCCUUCAAUCCGAGACAAUGAAGCUGUUGCCCAGAAGUUGGAGUUUUAUCUUCACAUCCAUUUUGCCAUCUUCCUCUUAAAGCACACUGUGGGAAAGCCAAACAAAGCAGCUUUGGAUGAAAGGAUUUCAUGUUUUAAAACCUACCUGGAGACCAAAGGGGCUGCCCUGAGCCAGACCACUGAAUUCCUUCCAUUCUAUGCUUUGCCUUUUGUCCCCAAUCCUAUGAUCCAUCCAUCCUUCAAAGAACUUUUCCAGGAUUCUUGGGAGUCUGAUCUCAAGACAAGAUUGGAAGAACUCUUGACUGCAACUCUAAAAGCCAGCAAUACCCCACGACUUCUGACGCUCUAUAAGGAGAAUGCACAGUGCAGCCAAGAAAUGUUGCAGCAUCUUCAGCAGCAGCUGGUGGAGUCUGAACGCAAGACCAUGACUUACCUCAAGCGGUUUAACAAAAUCCAGGCAGACUAUCACAACCUCAUUGGGGUCACUGCUGAGCUGGUGGAUUCCCUCGAGGCCACUGUCAAUGGCAAAAUGAUCACCCCAGAAGAUCUGCAGAGUGUCUGUGUUCGUUUGUUUAGCAACCAGAUGAGGCAAAGUGUAGCACAUAGCAUAGACUUCACAAGGCCUGGCACUGGAUAUUGCUGUAUGAGCCCCUGUGAUGAAGGAUAUGCCUCAACAAUGUUAAGAGCAUCAUUAGCUCCUGUGAAAGUGCAGGAGGUGCCACUCUUGCCCUCUUUGGAUUAUGAGAAGCUGAAGAAAGAUCUGGUGGAUGGGAACGACCGCCUCAAGACCUUCUUACUGCAGGCAUUGCGCUGGCGCUUGACGACCUCUCAUCCUGGUGAGCAGAGGGACACAGUUCUGCAGGCUUACAUCAACAACGACCUUUUGGAUUGCUACAGCAGUGUCCAGAGAAGUGUAUUAAUGCUGAUACAGUCAAAGAGCGAGGUUGUCCGUCAGUAUACAGCCAGGCUUAUCAAUGCAUUUGCUUCACUGGCCGAAGGUCGACUCUACCUUUCCCAGAAUCCCCGGCUGCUCCGAAUGCUGGAAGAAAGGUUGAAAGCUGAAGACAAGUAUUCCCUUACUCAAGAGAACGUCCUAGGAGCUUUGCAGAAACUCAGUCUCAGGCGGACUUUGCAGUCGGCUAUGAUAAAGGACGGGCUCAUCCUGUGGCUUGUGGAUACUCUAAAGGACACAGAGUGCAUGUCAGAUUACACCUUGGCCUACUCAGUUGCCCUGCUCAUGAACCUUUGCCUUCGGAGUUCAGGGAAGAAAAUGUGUGUGAAAAUUGCCAAUGAAGUGCUCAAAGUACUCUCGGAUCUUCUCGGCCAUGAGAACCAUGAGAUACAUCCAUAUGUGAAUGGGGCUCUUUACAGCAUCCUUGCUAUUCCAUCCAUACGAGAGGAAGCUCGAGCAAUGGAAAUGGAAGACAUUUUGCGGUGCUACAUCGAGGAAGGAAAUGCCGAUAUGAUCCAGCAGAUUGAGUUUAUUAUCAAGCAACUUAAAUCAGAUGAUCUAGUGGAUGACAGUGCUGAGUCUGAUGACGAGGAGAAGGAAGAUAACGACGAGGAGGACCAUAACAGCAUGGAAGCUGACCUGGAUAAAGAUGAAGUGUUGCAGCCGCAGCCAGGAGAGCUGUCGGGAGAGAAGCUCUUGACAACUGAAUACUUGGGGAUAAUGACCAAUACACCGAAAGUAAAGAAGAAGCCAUAUCCUGGCAUUCACCAGAGCAUUGAUGAGCCUCUCCAGAGACCUGUGACACCCGGUUAUCACAGGGCUGCGUACCCAACGCCAGAAAAUGAUGCCAUUUCUUCCUGUAGCAGGGACAUGCAUGCCCAGCAUGACCAGCACUCCCGGCCCCCGACACGCAGCGGGAAGAGACCCAGCCGUUCGGAGCUUUGUCUCUCUUUGACCUCAAUUGAAACGGAAGCCUCUGCAGUGUCUCCGGUGCCUUUUGGAACAGAGCGGUGCAUCCCACCAGCUGCUGACAUCCUCACUAUCCAGUCCUCUGAUAUUGCCCAGGACAGUGGAAAUGAGCUAUCCAACAGCGACUUCCUUUCCGGCUUCACCAGCAGCCCGAAGCUCCCCUCCUCUCCGGACAUCCAGAGCAUCAGGCCUGGAAGAGGAAAGAUCCCAAACAUCGCACCCCAGUUCUCCCAGUCUGGACCCCAGCAAACAAGCCGUCCCAGCUCUUCUGGAUCAUCCACAAGAAGCAGGCAAAGCAGUCAGUCUUCCAGGAAGUGAGGAGAGAUCCUUUCCUCAGGAAUCACCUGUCCAAGUGCCUCAGGACACCCCCGCACGCAGCCAGCUUCCUGUAACAGGAAUCCUAGUAUCUCUGUGGAGCCAAGCAGAAGAUUAUCAGCCCUGGGACCAAGAUUCGGUGACUAUCUGAUGGGAUGAGCUUUUCAGGGGUUUCUUGGCCAAGCAAAAUGAUCCUGGCUGGAGUGGGAGUUCCCACUUGGAGCACACAACUGCUGUGCACAGAACCACCAUGGAGGACCCCUUGUCCCCUUCGCUGAAAAGCAAAGAUGGGAUCCCUGGCCUCUUGGUGUGAUGGGACUGAGGUUACAGCAGGUCGCUGGUUAAAGUACUGUUUGUGUUCCUGCUCCUUGCCGGCAGCUCACAGACCACAUCACAUACACCUCUACUUCUCACCUCUCCUCACCAUAGCAGGAACCAGUGCCUCAGUCCACUUACACUUAGUCUUGAAAGAGCCAGAAGACUUUGGGUUGUGUUUGCUGUAGACAGCAGUGGCUUGCCCCAAUGAGCCAGGGGGGCGCGAAAGCAGUUAGGGUUGCUCCUCUCUGCGAGGAGCAACCUUCUGGCUCAUGCUACGGCUGUAAACCAAAUGUGGCUAACCCUGUGGAAGUGGUACACCCAUUUUGCAGGUGCACCUGGAAACCAAAUGUGGCUAACCCUGUGGAAGUGGUACACCCAUUUUGCAGGUGCACAUGAGAAAGCUAGAUUUUGGGUUGGUGUGUUUGUGGAUGCUGGCUCUCUGGUGGAGAAUCCUGAAUAGCCUCUCUGUGUGCUGGUGCUGCUCAAGGCUGGAAGUGCGGGGGCAGGCCUGGGGUCUUUGUGGCACCUCCCAUUUCACCCUCAAAUUUGCAACUGAAUCCAGAAUAAAUUUUUCAGAAACUGAA